AUGAAUAAAGAGUUGAAGAAAGUGGAAAAGGGUUGUGAUGUGGCUGAGAAAGUCGUGGUGGCUGUUAAGGCAUCGAAGGAUAUACCUAAGACAGCUUUGGUAUGGGCUUUGACUCAUGUUGUUCAGCCUGGGGACUGUAUAACACUUCUUGUGGUUUUCUCCUCAUCACAACUUUCUGGUCGAAAAUUAUGGGGCUUUCCAAGAUUUGCCGGGGAUUGUGCUAGUGGCCACAGAGCAGCGCGGGCCCACUCUACCGGUACAAGUUCAGAGCAGAAAUCGGAAAUCACGGAUUCUUGCUCCCAAAUGAUCCUUCAGCUUCACGAUGUUUAUGAUCCUAACAAGAUCAAUGUGAAGAUAAAAGUUAUCUCGGGUUCACCGUGCGGUGCAGUUGCUUCCGAGGCCAAGAAAAUCCACGCGAAUUGGGUCGUCUUAGACAAACACCUCAAACUCGAGGAAAAGUGCUGCAUGGAGGAGCUCCAAUGCAACAUCGUCUCCAUGAAACGGUCCCAGCCAAAGGUCCUUCGCUUGAACCUAGUCUGUUCAGCCCCGAAGGAGCCCGAUAAACGAGUAGCCCAAAAAGGCUCUCCCAAUCCAGCCCGUGGGCCCCUCGUCACUCCCUCAAGCAGCCCCGAGACGUUCACGGCGGGGACCUCGUCUGUCUCGAGCUCCGAACCCGGGACUUCUUCGCCUUUCUUCAUAACCGACCCUAAAUACGACUUCAGCCAGAAAGAAAAAUCGAUAUCCAUAAAACAAGAGAACGAUCACGAUGACAUCAUCAAGUCAGAUUCGGAUUCGGACAGCGAGAGCCUUUCCUCGUCAUCUAGUCUAAGGUUGUCUGAAAUAGUCGUCAAACAGAAAAUUAAAAAUCCCGUUGUUUCCACAAAUGUCCUGUUCGAGAAAAACAACGACGGCCGUUCCCCAACGAGCUACCACCGCUCGAAGAACCUCGAUUUAAGCGGAAGCUUGAGGGAGGCUAUUGCUUUGUCGAGGAGGGGUGGCGGUGACCCGUGCGGGCCCCCACCUUUGUGUUCAAUAUGCCAGCACAAGACUCCCGUCUUCGGGAAGCCGCCUAGGUGGUUCGCGUAUGCUGAGCUGGAGCUUGCCACGGGAGGGUUCUCACGGGCGAAUUUCUUGGCCGAGGGCGGGUAUGGAUCGGUCCACAGAGGAGUCCUGUCCGAUGGGCAGGCUAUCGCGGUUAAACAGCACAAGCUGGCGAGUUCUCAAGGGGACCACGAGUUUUGCUCAGAGGUCGAGGUUUUGAGUUGUGCUCAGCACCGUAAUGUGGUGAUGCUAAUCGGGUUUUGUAUCGAGGAUGGAAGGAGAUUGCUGGUGUACGAGUAUAUAUGCAACGGGUCUCUCGAUUCUCAUCUUUAUGGGCGCCAUCACGCUACGCUUUCUUGGGCCGCACGCCACAAGAUUGCAGUUGGGGCAGCGCGUGGAUUGCGUUAUCUUCACGAAGAAUGCCGGGUUGGAUGCAUUGUUCAUCGGGACAUGCGGCCCAAUAACAUCCUCAUCACUCAUGAUUUCGAACCCUUGGUGGGAGAUUUUGGUCUGGCUAGGUGGCAGCCAGAUGGGGAGACCGGAGUUGAAACCCGAGUCAUUGGGACCUUUGGAUAUUUGGCACCCGAAUACGCUCAAAGCGGACAAAUCACGGAAAAAGCCGACGUUUAUUCAUUCGGUGUGGUGCUUGUGGAGCUCGUCACUGGUCGUAAAGCAGUGGACUUAAACAGGCCUAGAGGCCAACAAUGCCUUACAGAAUGGGCACGACCGCUUUUGGAGGCUUACGCGGUUGACGAUCUGGUGGACCCUCGACUAGGAGAUAACUACUCGGAAGGCGAGGUACACUGCAUGUUACAUGCGGCAUCGUUGUGCAUACGACGAGACCCUCAAGCGAGGCCACGCAUGUCUCAAGUGCUUCGAGUACUUGAAGGUGAUGCUAUGGAUUCGAGUCAGUUGGGCACGCCCGGUUUUGAUUUGGGCAGUCGGAGUGGAAGAAUAUGGUCGGGCCAACACCAGUUGCAAAACGAGCAGCGUAGUGGGCCCAUUUAG